AUUGUAGCCCGUGGGUGACUACGCGUAUCAAACUAUACUCUUUCCCCCCAUGUGCGUGUUACUCUCGGCUGUAAAAGUGCCGAGUCUGUCAACCGAAAUGCAAAUUUCCCGUCGCAUGUAUCUGUCUCGAUACGUUAUCUUCGUGUGGGGGUGGGUCGGAUGACCUACGGCUAUCCAACGCCACCACAAUCCGUUUAAGCGUAACGUUCACCAACGAGACAUUUCAUCACUCCUGAAUGAUCGCUCAACAUUCGUCUCCGCCGCACCGUAAAACACAGUCUGCGAAUCGCAUCGUUACGUUCAUCAGUUCACUCAUUUGGCGGCUUCUACAGCCACAGACCGUUUGUUUCGGCGUCCCAGGGAAGUGGGUUUUACAACCGCUGUUUUUAAGCCCUUUUAGACAGUCAUGUGAUUGUAACGUAACCCGACCGGAAAACACCGACGACCAUCGCCGCCAAUGCUGCGUUUGAGAGGAACAGAGCAGCUGCGUGCCCAACGGACAAGUCCCCCGGUAGCAGACAACUCGCCAACUCCACGCGAUCAAACGGAGGAAAGGUGGAAGUAUGGAGCUGGCCAAUCAUGGUCUUAUCCUUCUGCAGCAACUCAAUGCGCAGAGGGAGUUUGGCUUCCUGUGUGACUGCACGGUCGCCAUCGGUGACGUCUUCUUCAAAGCACACAAGGCCGUACUGGCCGCAUUCUCGAAUUACUUCAGAAUGCUAUUUAUACACCAAGAUAGUGACUGUGUUCGCUUGAAGCCCGCAGACAUCCAGCCAGACAUCUUCAGCUACCUCCUAAAUCUUAUGUAUACUGGCAAACUGGCAACACAGCUUAUUGACCCGGCUCGUCUGGAACAGGGCGUGAAGUUUCUCCACGCCUACCCCCUCAUUCAGGAGGCCAGCCUGUCUAGCCAUUCAAGCCAGGCUUACCCCGAGAUCAACUUUCCACUCUCUUCCUCUCUUUACGGCAUUCAAAUAUCAGACCAGCAAGCCACGCUCACGAAUCGUCUUUCAGCGAGAACGCGCCUGUCUUCUCCUUUCGACAUGGACAGCAGUGGUUUGCUUGAUGGGAAGUGCGUUACCACAAAUAAAGCUACCUCGCUGACGCGGUCUGGAUCCAAGCACAGGCACCCGCUGUCAGAAACCGAGGCGGAGGCAUCUGCGAGCACCAGUAUGUUUGCGAGGGAGGCUACCGAAACGGAAACAUCUGCUGGUGAGGCCCCAUCACGCUCUCCGAGUGCCAACACGAUUCUGCAUGUGAAGCCCAGCAUCAUGAGAAGAACCUCCUCUAUGAGGAAGCAUUACACGUGCCACAUUUGCGGGGGCCGCUUUAACCAGCGGGCUGCCUUGCGAGAGCACCUGCAUUUGCACACUCAGCCAAUGCUUCCCCUGCUGUUUGAGUCGGGCGGAGCAUCUUCCCCCAUGGCGAUGGGAGGAGCUGCCAUGCCGGAGGUGGAAGAAGUUGUGAGAGGUAGCGAAGCCAACGCUGCCACCCCUGUCGUCAUGGACAUUGCCAGUGACAGCGAGCAGAAUUUGUACUCGAAAGACUCGCCGCAUGCUGAAACCGCCAUGUCCGUCCCCACGACAAUAGCUGUUGGCCUUUAUGCCGCUCAGCACCAAGCGGACACGCCGCCUCCGUCCGAUAUCGCCGACAUCGACAACCUCGAGGGUGUGACAGACUUGGAACGGGAAGUGAAGAGAAGGAAGUACGAGUGUUCCACAUGUGGCCGCAAGUUCAUACAGAAGAGCCACUGGAGAGAGCACAUGUACAUCCACACGGGCAAACCGUACCGAUGCAGCGCCUGCGGAAAGAGCUUCUGCCGGGCCAACCAGGCUGCGCGGCACGUUUGUAUUAAUCAGGGCUCGGAGCCGGCGUACACCAUGGUGGACAGGCAGAGCAUGGAGCUGUGCGCAGCAGAUGACUCCAGCCAGAUGGAGGCACUGUUUCUUGGCUCGUCGGGGAGACCUUACAAAUGCAAUAUAUGCGAAAUGACCUUCUCUAGUCCCAAUGAGGUUAUCAAACACCUGUGUUUCAACCAGGGGGCCCUCGCAGGUGGGGCAGCUAUAGGAAUGGGAGUCACUGGGAUGAAUAGUGACAACCUGGCCAAAGAUGAAGGCUCGGAUUCGUCCAGCGGUGGGCCGUUGGUAACGUCUAUCAAAACUGAGGAAGUUUUUGCGGAAUAGUUCAAAUUCAUCCACUUCUUAGUAUUGUUUGUUAAUGUAUUGCAUUUGUUUGUGGGUAAGUUAUGAUCAAGUUAAGCUAUCAGUGCGGAAAUUUGUGUUAUAUUUUUUCAGGGAAUCCUUCUACUGAAAAGUCCUUGUAUUUUCGGUGUGAUGCAUUUUUAAGCCAGAACUGAUGCUCAUAAAUUAGCUUGUUAUAUUUUUAAUAUUUUAUUAUUUUACAGGACUUCUAACUUCAUUUUUUUCGAGAUUUUAUUUGUUUACUUGGGUCAUUCGCACAGUUUGCGCUUGUGGUUAAAUUUCUUCCUCUGUCUAACUGACUACAGGAAAAGGAUGUUGUGAACUGUUGGCAUCCAAAUUGUCAGUGAGUGCAGAUAAGACAAAAACUAGCUUCGGUAAUUCAACUUAAUAUUCAAAAGUUUUACGUUUAUUUUUAGUAUUCUGAUUGAACCCCCAGGUUGAAAAUAAAGUGAUAUCUCCCUUUUGAAAUGGCCUCUUCAAACAAGAUAAAAUCUGAAUAUGCCAUUAAGUGAUUUAUUUUGUGCAGCUAAGUGUGGGCCUUGGUUUAAAGAACAAGUAUCCUUCACUACCUCAACCAGUUGGACCAGUUUCACAAAUUUUAUAUCAGAAUAGCCUGAAAUUUGCAUUUAUUGCUUGUGUUCUGAGGUCGAGGAUCAAAGUAAUCUUAAUCUUUCAGCAACUCCAGCAUAUCAUUUUAAAGUUCAAAAAAGUUUUUCUGACACUUCUUUUUUAACUCUUUUAUGUGCUUUUGCAAAAGCAAUGUGUUCGUGCAAAUAACCUUCCUUAAAGCAGUGCUAGAUCACAUUUCAAAUCAUUUAUAUUGGAGUUUAUUUUAAGAAUUACCAGUUAGUGACCACAAUGUAUUUGCUUUAUUAUCUAUUUUUGUAUUUUCACAUUUGCCAUUUUCAAAAUUUUCUUUUUGUGACCAUGUUGAUGAUAAACAUUCUGACUGUAAAACAUUUUUUUAUAAAUUGCAGUGAUCAGUUUAUCGCCAACCUGAUUCUGUUUUCACUGUGGUUAAACAUGUUUACAGUCGUGCUGUGUGUUAUAUGAACAUACUCCUUGAAGCUGUUACUGUGUCCAAGUUAGUGAACACUGUGGCCAAUCCUACACAGGUGUACAUAACAUUGCUUGACUGGACAUACUUCUUUCAUUUUUGCCAAUUUUAUUUGAACUUUUUGCCAUCUAAUUAUUCGCUUGAAUAUGCUCUUCAAUUCUUCAUUUUUGAGUUUUGUAUAACUUUUCUAAUUUUAUAUUCAGUGUUGUAUUUACAAAUAAUUUUAUAAUCGCAAAUGUUGUACAUUAUUAAUUGCAUUUAUUCUAGAAUAUAAGGCCUAUUCGUUUUAGUGUAGCACAAGUGUAUGUAUAUUUGAUUUCUCUGCAUUUUCCUGGCCGUGUGUUAAUGGCAUUCGUUUAUUGUAUUGACACGGACAGUGAGGUCAUGCUCAGCACUGAUAUCUAUAAAAGAACCCUGACUACUUUAAUAUACUUGUGCUAUAUCAGGAAACUUGUAUCAUUUUAUACCAGGGCUACAUGCAUUCAGUGCUAAAUAUUUUUUUCCAUGUUUUAAAUUGUAAAGAUCUAGAAAUAUAUUUUAUAGGGCACUGUGAGUUAAGUUACUACUGAAUAACUAAUCAAUUUUCAGGAAUUUAAAAUCAUUUGUUGCAACAGUUUUUAUUGUGACUAAAAUAUAUUUGGCCAAGGCCUCCUGUUCUUAUGUUGGAUCAUAAGUGUAAUGUCAUGCUUCCUUAUGUGACUUUGUUUCAGUUUUUUAUGAUUUGUACAUAUGCAAGUUGUUGCUCUUUGAGGCAGUUGUAGGGAGUGGAAAAAGGGUAACCCCUCCACCCUCCUUCACGCGCACAAAACCCAGAGCCAUGGCAAGCAUACUGUGAUCUCGCUCUCCUCAGGGACAUGAAAGAAGGUUGUCUCUGGAAAAAAAACGUUCUUUGCAUUUUCAUUGUGAAUAAUGAACAAUAAAUUCUUAUGUUUUUUGA